AUGUCCAAUGCAGUCCCACCAGAAUUCGAUAUCAUCUUUGCUGGAGGCGGUACCACGGCUUGUGUUGUCGCCGGUCGCCUGGCUUCAUUAGACCCCUCGCUUAGGAUCUUGAUUCUCGAAGGGGGUCAACACACCCUCAAUCAAGCUGCUCAUGUGCAGCCCUACCGAUAUCUCAGCCAUCUUGCGUCGACGAGCACCACUGUGACAUUCAACGUUGGAAAUCCCAGUCCACGUCUCAACGGCCGUGCUCCGGUCGUUCCGUCCGCCCAUUGCGUUAGUGGAGGCUCAAGUAUUAAUUUUAUGGUAUACACUCGUGCGCCUGCCUCAGAUUUUGAUGAUUGGGGAGUCGAUGGUUGGGAAUCUAAGAAUUUGAUUCCCCUCAUGAAGAAGCUAGAAACAUAUGAGGUGCAGCCCGAUCGCCCAACCCACGGGUACAGUGGACCUAUCAAAGUGUCCUCUGGUGGAUGCAAACUAGGUGCCAGCGAAGAGUUCAUCCGUGUUGGCACGACGUAUGACGAGAGGCAAUAUGCCGAAGACACGAAUGAUUUAGAAACAUGCAACACAUACAGCCCAUGGGCGAAGUAUAUUGACGGGACAACCGGAAGGCGUUAUGAUGCGGCGCACCACUAUGUCUACAACCAAGCUCACAACCAGAAUUUACAAAUAUGGGUCGGCAAACGCGUGACACGCGUGAUUUUCGAGUCAGUAGAUAUGCGUGCCGUAGGUGUCGAGUUCACCAGCGAUCCAGUGUCUUGCCCAGAUGCGGAUCAGUCAUCGAGCACCGUGAGGGCAUCAAAGCUUGUUGUUAUCUCUGCUGGGGCAUUCGGUUCGCCGGCCAUUCUCGAGAGGUCUGGGAUUGGUGCCGAGGAGGUUCUCAAACGGUGUGGUAUCCAGCAACUGGUGGACUUGCCUGGCGUUGGAGAAAAUUAUCGAGAUCACAACGGCAUCUUUGUUCCAUACUUCGCUGCCGACGGAGCUGUGACUAUGGACCCCCUCUGGCGUGGGAAGGAGAGUGUUGUACAGGAAAACCUGGCGCAAUGGAAAAUUAAUGGCAAAUCACUCAUUGCCCAAAAUGGCAGCGAUGCAAAAAUCAAAUGGCGUCCUGACGGCGACGAGCUGAAAGCUAUGGGAUCAGCUUUUCAACCACGAUGGAAAGAAUUCUUCCAGGACCGCCCAGACAAGGCUGUUGCAAUAUUCAGCCUUUUUGAGGGAUGCAUUGGAUCAUUCUCAAGUAUCCUUCCCCCUCGCAAUUAUUUAAUUGCCUUCUAUUAUACACUGUACCCCGCGUCUGCUGGCAGCGUUCAUAUCAAAUUGGACGAGAACGGACAGGAAGCAAUUGACUUCGAUACAGGCUAUCUGAAUGAUCCAUCGGAUAUUGUACCUCUUAACUUUGGGUACAAAAAGAUGCGCGAAAUCUAUCGACGCAUGCCUUCAUACAGAGGUGAAGUCCCCGCCGGUCAUCCUCGUUUCCCAGAGGGAAGCGCUGCAGUCUGCGGAGAAACGACUGGGCCAGUGGACUUGAAUGCGCCUGACUUGAUCUACACUGCAGAAGAUGACGAGGCGAUCGAUCGAUACCAUCGUGACUACAGUAUGUCGCAUCCCCAUUGUGAUCUCGGGACUUGCGCCAUGAAACCGAGGGCAGAUCGAGGGGUCAUUGAUGCCUGGUUAAACGUGUACGGCGUGACAAACCUCAAAGUUGCUGACAUGUCUAUCGCGCCGAAAAAUGUUGGCACGAACACAUAUUCGACAGCGCUUCUCAUUGGAGAGAAGGCUGCAAUGAUCAUCGCUGACGACCUGGGUAUUGAACGGAGACCAUGUGAGCCGUCAUAG